AUGUUUUCAUUGAAACACCUAGUUCUUGUUCCUCUUUUGCUAUCAUCAACAUUAGCUCUUACGUCUAAUCAAUGUGUUCCCUCAGUUCCAUCCGAAUCUAACUGUGGAAACAUUUGCUCCCAGCUAGCAAACCAAUAUAAUAAUAUUCAAACAAACAAAUGUGGACUGUUAAGUUUCUUAUCAACACCUACUUCUUACUGCUUUUUGUGUGCAACAAAUUAUCCCUCAUCAAGCACAGUUCAAUCCGCUUAUAAUAGCUUGCUUAAUUCGUUAUCAGGAUGUUCAGAUCUUCCAAAUCCUGUUCUUUGUACAGGAUCUGAGUCAUCGCCUGCAGAAACAUCGCCAGAAGUUCCCAAUAUUUGGACCUAUAUAAACACAUGCGGUACUCUUAUAGCUUCUUUUACCACAUGUUAUAAUGAUUGCUUCAAUGCUGCUGUUGGUAUCUAUCAGCAAGGAUGUGGGACCAUUUCUCAAGAUUCUAAUCCAUUACAAUGCACGUUGGCAAACUGUAUCUAUUGUGAUAAUCAGAACUUGUUCAUGUACGGCUUGCUUUUCAAAUUAAAAUAUUUGGUAAACUGUCCUGUGGUAGAAGCUGUUUCGUCUUCAGAAGAAUCUUCUUCUAUUGAAUCAUCAUCGGAUGAGUCUUCUUCUAUUGAAUCAUCUUCUGUUGAAUCGUCAUCUAUUGAAUCGUCAUCUAUUGAAUCAUCAUCUAUUGAAUCAUCAUCUAUUGAAUCAUCUUCUGUUGAAUCUUCAUCUGUUGAAUCAUCAUCUGUUGAAUCGUCUUCUAUUGAAUCAUCAUCUGUUGAAUCGUCUUCUAUUGAAUCAUCAUCUGUUGAAUCAUCUUCUGUUGAAUCUUCAUCUGUUGAAUCAUCAUCUAUUGAAUCAUCAUCUAUUGAAUCAUCAUCUAUUGAAUCUUCAUCUAUUGAAUCAUCAUCUAUUGAAUCAUCUUCUGUUGAAUCUUCAUCUGUUGAAUCUUCAUCUGUUGAAUCUUCAUCUGUUGAAUCGUCUUCUAUUGAAUCUUCAUCUAUUGAAUCAUCAUCUAUUGAAUCAUCUUCUGUUGAAUCUUCAUCUGUUGAAUCAUCAUCUAUUGAAUCAUCUUCUGUUGAAUCUUCAUCUGUUGAAUCAUCAUCUGUUGAAUCGUCUUCUAUUGAAUCUUCAUCUGUUGAAUCAUCAUCUAUUGAAUCAUCUUCUGUUGAAUCUUCAUCUGUUGAAUCAUCAUCUGUUGAAUCGUCUUCUAUUGAAUCAUCAUCUGUUGAAUCAUCUUCUGUUGAAUCUUCAUCUGUUGAAUCAUCAUCUGUUGAAUCGUCUUCUAUUGAAUCAUCAUCUAUUGAAUCAUCAUCUAUUGAAUCAUCAUCUAUUGAAUCAUCAUCUGUUGAAUCUUCAUCUGUUGAAUCAUCAUCUGUUGAAUCGUCUUCUAUUGAAUCUUCAUCUGUUGAAUCAUCAUCUGUUGAAUCAUCAUCUAUUGAAUCAUCUUCUGUUGAAUCUUCAUCUGUUGAAUCAUCAUCUGUUGAAUCGUCUUCUAUUGAAUCAUCAUCUAUUGAAUCAUCAACUAUUGAAUCGUCAUCUGUUGAAUCUUCAUCUGUUGAAUCUUCAUCUGUUGAAUCAUCAUCUGUUGAAUCGUCUUCUAUUGAAUCUUCAUCUGUUGAAUCAUCAUCUGUUGAAUCAUCAUCUAUUGAAUCAUCUUCUGUUGAAUCUUCAUCUGUUGAAUCAUCAUCUGUUGAAUCGUCUUCUAUUGAAUCAUCAUCUAUUGAAUCAUCAAUUAUUGAAUCGUCAUCUGUUGAAUCUUCAUCUGUUGAAUCAUCAUCUGUUGAAUCUUCAUCUGUUGAAUCAUCUUCUAUUGAAUCUUCAUCUGUUGAAUCAUCUUCUAUUGAAUCUUCAUCUGUUGAAUCAUCAACUAUUGAAUCAUCAUCUGUGGAAUCAUCAACUAUUGAAUCAUCGAUUGUGGAAUCUUCAUCUGUUGAGUCGUCAUCUGUUGAAUCUUCAACUGUUGAAUCGUCUUCUAUUGAAUCUUUAUCUAUUGAAUCAUCAUCUAUUGAAUCAUCUUCUGUUGAAUCAUCAUCUAUUGAAUCAUCAUCUAUUGAAUCAUCAUCUAUUGAAUCAUCAUCUGUUGAAUCUUCAUCUGUUGAAUCAUCAUCUGUUGAAUCGUCUUCUAUUGAAUCUUCAUCUGUUGAAUCAUCUUCUGUUGAAUCAUCAUCUAUUGAAUCAUCAUCUGUUGAGUCGUCAUCUGUUGAGUCGUCAUCUGUUGAGUCUUCAAAUGUGGAAUCUUCCUCAUUUCAAUCAUCAUCCCUGGAAUCGUCAUCUAUUGAAUCAUCUUCUGUUGAAUCUUCCUCAUUUGAAUCAUCAUCCCUGGAAUCGUCAUCUAUUGAAUCAUCUUCUGUUGAAUCUUCGUCUAUUGAAUCUUCUUCUACUGAAUCUUCAUUUACUGAUUCAUCUUCAUCCGAGAUUUCGUCUUCUUUAUAUUCAUUUAUUGAAUUUUCUUUUACCGAACAUUCUUUACCCGAAUCUUCCAUUGUCUACUCUUUAAAUGAAUCCAUUUCGUACUCUGAAUCAUUAUUUUCAGAAUCAACUUUCUUUUCAUCCAAAUUUUUUUCAAUUAACCCAACCUCAGUUAGCGAAUUUAUACCAACUGAAUUUUCGUCUUCAGAGGUACUUUUCAGUGAUUCGUCAUCAAUCGAAGAAUCUUCAUCACUUUUUGUUACUUCUGUUGAAUCAUCGCUUAUAGAAUCUUCACUUUCCAAGUCUUCUUUUCUUGAAUCAUUAUUUGAUGAGUCUUCAUCUGUUUUACAAUCAUCAUUUGUUGAGUCCUCUACUACUGAAUUUUUAUCAUUAGCGCCUUCAUUGACAGAAUCAUCAUCUACUGAAAAUUUAAUUCCAGAGACUUCUCAUUUUGAGUCAUAUUCUACUGAAACAACCCAUCUAAAUAGCUACUUUUCUGGCGAGGUGUCUUCCCAUAUAUCUCACUCUACAUUUUCUGAAUUAAACUCAGAAACAGAGUUUACUAAAACUACCUCUACCAAAUCUACUUGUCAUGGUUGCGUUACUAAAACUGUCACAACAACAACACUUUCUACUAUCACCACAGUUUCAGGAACUGAAACUGUUAUUGUCACUGAGCCAUGUGAAACUACUUAUACUGUAAUUGUGUCACCAAUUCCAACUGGUGGCUCCACCACUAUAACAGUUUCUCUUUCCAAAACUUUGACAGUAACAUCCCCAACUACAGUUACCGAGCAUUGCAGUGGAUGUGUUACUACCACAUAUACAUCGACAGGGUUUACAACUGUUACCCAAAUUUCAGGGACUUCUACAGUAACAUUUACGGAACCUUGUGAAACAACAGUUACAGCCGUUAUAUCGCCAUUGCCAUUAAGUGGGUCAACAACAAUUAUUCAGUCAAAUUCGCCAUCUAUCUAUACUACUACGUUCACUUCGUCAAUGUUUACGACAUAUACUACCAUUUUUUCAGGGUCAACUGUUGCUAUUACUGAACCUUAUGAAACAACGGUUACAGCUGUUAUAUCUUCAUUUCCUUCUGGUGAAUCAACAAAAAUUAUUGCAUCAGAGUCACAAUCUAUUUAUACCACUACAUUUACCUCAUCAGGAUUCACCACCUAUACUACAGUUUCUGCAGGGUCAACAGUCACUAAUACUGAACCAUGUGAAACCGUGGUUACUGAAAUUAUAUCGCCAUUGUCUCUUGGUGGGUCAACAACUAUUCCUGUUUCUAUUAUUUUAUCAACCACAAUUAUUACUUCUACUGGAUAUUCAACAAUUACUACUGUCUCUGCAGGUUCUUCAGUUACUAUUACUGAGCCUUGUGAAAUCACUUAUACAGCGGUUGUUUCUUCACUUCCAUCAAGCGGUGUCACUACUAUUCCUAUUUCUCUUAUUUCCACCACCACUCAUGUUACUUCUACUGGUUAUACCACAAUCACUUCUGUUUCUUCAGGAAACACAAUUACAGUUACCCAAUCAUUGGAAACAACUUAUACAGCAGUCAUUACUACAAUAUCACCUAUUCCUUUAACUUCGUCUGGUUCUACAAACCAUGCCACUACAAUUUUUGUGUGUGACGAAUGUUCGACAGCUUUAGUCACUACAGAAUCUGUUACCACAGCUAUUUUGACAUCUGGAAGUGAAACAUCUACAAUCACUCAAACAAACGAAGUGGUGAAUACUGUUAUUGUUUCUCCUGUCACAUCGACAAUCAGCACCUUUACAUAUUCUGAAAUUUCUAGUGAAUCUUGCAACGAGUGUUCUACAUAUGUUGUUGCUUCGCUAACUACUGUAGGCUCAGUAGUUACCUCUCAGGGUAUCACAACGACUUCAUAUUUGCCUUCAGUUGUCCAGAACACUUUUAUAGAGUCGCCUGUUGUUUCGACAGGUUCCGUGUAUAUCACUUUUGCGGGUCCAACAAGUACACAAUACUCUGAACAAUCGUCAAUAUUGAGUAGCACUGGGUCCAUUAGUGCUAUUUCAAAUGGUGUAUCUGUUGGGGUGACUGGAUCUAGUUCUUCAAUUUUUUCAGGUUCGGGUACAAAAUCGUCAUCUUCAGAAACACAUGUUUUACCUCAGAUUAGUUCAACAACCGAAACUACAUUGACACAAGUUAAUGAGGCCAGUCAUCUGAAUUUCACAGUUUUUGGUAGUGUUUUUGCAAUUUUUGUUUCAUUUUUUAUUUUGGUAUAG